AAUUAAUUGUCAUCUGACCACUUUAAUUAGAUUCAGUGGAGAUAAAUAUAAAACUCAGCUAGCUGGAACAGUCAAAGUACGUAUCGACUAUGUAUAUGGAUAUGGUUCACGAGGAUAUAUCUUUGCCUUGUAGAUCUAGUUACAACAUAUUUCUUCAUUGCACUACAACAAAGCAAUCCGAACAGAAAGUGGUGAGUUUCGACAACACUCCUCUGAAUAUUUUGGAUGUGAAACGACAAAUCGAAAAACGUUUUAGCAUUCCAGUUUGUGUGCAAGUCAUUGCGUACAAUAGUUGCAUCUUAAAAGAUGAUACCAUACUGAUAGCACUGAGAAUUCGUGACGGGGACACCUUCCAUGUGAAAUACUUGGAGAAAGGUCAUUGCUCUGAGAUUGUUGAAAUCAUUGAUUGGAUGAGACUUGUUUUGGCUGGAAUUCAGCUUGAGAAUCCUUCAGCUACUGUUGACAUGAGUUGGGAGCUCAAUAAUCUGGUCACACGAGGUAUAAAUAAUGAGAUGAUUCAGUCUCUUGCUUUUAAGUAUUUUUUUCCGUGGCUUGACCCAGUGAAGUAUGUGAACAAGCUCCACUUUGCUUACCAUGGUGGUGUUGAGAUCUUAAUGGAGUUGGAUGGAGCUUUACUUCAGGAAAAAUGGCAGGAAAGGCAUAUGAUAUUACAACUCGUUGAAUCGUUGUUGUUGAGAGUCAUAUGGAAUCUUUCAGAAACUUUUCCUCUACGCCGAGCUAUAACUAAGAAUAAGGGCAUUGAGAGAUGUAUUCAGUCGAUGCUUCACUACAAACUGGAGGAAGGGAGCCGAUUUGAGUAUGUAGUAUCCAACCAUUCAUUUGAGGGAGUACUGAGAGAUACUAUUGUUGGUGGGCUGGGAGUGUUAUGCAAUUUGAGUGAACUACCAGAGUGUCACUUGGAAAUAGCCUCCAACGAAGAUGCUUUGGAGCAGAUGACUAACAUCGGUGCAUCACCAUAUCUGCCAAUUGAUUGCUCGCAUCAUGUGGUGACCAUUUUCCUCUGUCUGGCCCACACUCCUGGAACACAUGAGAAGAUAAGCAAGCCCAGGUAUCUUACAAAACUGCUGGAUGCUCUCAGCAUUGAAAGAGAUCUGGAUGCAGACCAGCUCGAUAUUGACCGUAUACCAGACUGCUCUCACCUUCUUCUCAGGUAUUUUGUCCUCCUAUUCUUGGCUCAAGUGGCUCUAGCGUCACCACAGUGCAUCCCUACUGACUUACACCUAACCAUCAUCGAUGAAAUGAUGUUACUAUUGCGAUUCACAUGCUAUGAGAUUAUCAGGCGCGGUGAACUGACGCAGAAUUAUGUGUGGUGUACGUACAUACCCUACAUCAAGCUUGCCUAUAUUCCAAGUACCCCGCAUAUAAACAAUCCAGCUUGCAUUCUACAGGUGUGGAGUUUGGAAAUAAUCAUAUUUGCACUUCAAAAUAUGCUUGGUCGUGAAAAUCAUAGAGAAUUUCUCGUGAAAGAAGGACUUUUAGAUUUUGUUACAUGUAUGCCACAGUACGUCCCCCCUUCAUUGAAAUCCCGAGCUACAAACCUGGUGCAAAUGGUUGCUUCUUCUCCAGAUGUCCCAGAGGGACCUCCCAAACUGCUGAACUUGGUGAAAGCACGAUUAGCUAAAAUGCACUUUGGAUUGGAGAAUGUUCUUUCUAUGUCUGUCAGCGAAAUUGUUUCUCAAGCUUUUGCCACCAAUUUUUAACCAACAUUCGUACUUU